AUGAAGAUUGAGUACUGGUCGCUGAUUAAGUUUCCCGAUGAAGGGGGCAUGAUGCGUUCGGCCCGUGAGUUUGAAGAAAAGGGACUGCUUUAUGGUGCUCAGUGGAUGCCUAAAAUACUGGGUGCAGUGGAUGGAACACACAUUAAUAUUAAGGCGCCGCACUUUCGCCCAGAAAGUUAUGUCAACAGGAAAGGAGAACUGUCUUUAAAUGUACAGGCUUGCGUGAAUUCUUCAUUGGAAUUUAUCCAUCUGUACGUGGGAGCUCCUGGACGAGUGCAUGAUCAGAAUGUUUUCGAUAAUUCGGGACUGGAAGCCUUAAUUCCAGAGAACUGGAUGAUUCUGGAUAAGCGUGAUGGCGGUUACCGUGCGACGCGAAAAGUACUAACGCCGUUCAGAGAGAACGGCCGCCUAUCUGCUAAACAAGAAGAUUUCAACAAAAUUCAGUCAAGUCUGCGAAAAGUUGUUGAAAGAGCGUUCGGGGUUUUGAAACGGCGAUUUAAAAUUUUGAAGUAUUUGGAUUAUGACGACAUGUGCACCAUGAAACACAUUAUUAUAGUUUGCUGUCUCUUUCAUAAUUUGGAUAUCCAGUCCGCGGAUGAAUUUCGAGAUAAUAUGGACAACGAUUUUGAAGACUAUUAUCCGGACGACGACGAUAGUGUUGACGAAGGAACGUUUGGCGACUUCAAAAACGCACUCGUAGCGCGAAUGCUGCCAGAUUCGCUGGGAUAA